AGUCCAAAUGAAUAACCUGAAUGAUCCUCAGGACUGGAAUAUAAGGCCAGAAAGGCAGGGUGAUGGUGGUGGUGACAGCAGGUGGAACUAUGCCCUCCUGAUGCCCAUGCUGGGACUCGCUGCCUUUCGAUGGAUCUGGUCCAAGCAGUUUCAAAAGCAAAUUGAAGAGGCCAAGGUCAUGAUCAGAAAGGAAUUGGUUAACCAGAAUGAGCAAAUUGAGGAGGCAAAGAUCAAGUUCCAAAACAACAUGGCUUACCAGAAAGAGCAACUUGAGAAAGAACGUUCCAACAUUAGGUUGGAACAUGAAGCUGGAAAAUACCAAACAUCGAUAUUGUUUCACAACACCCUGGAAACUGAAAAAGAGCAAGAAGGAAGAGCUUUAAGGCUUCUGGAGGACGUAGAGUACAGGCUGGUGAAAAGGCAAGAGAUGUUUUGCAGUAAAAUGGUGCAUUCUUCAUGGAGGGUUGUAAUGGAGAAGGAACUAUUGGCUUAUAUAGCCAAAGAGCCCCUUCUUGCAGAUCUGAAGAUGGAAAACGGUCUCAAGGAUAUUUUUCAGAAUGAUAGCCACUGUGCUGAGAUUCACAACACAAAUCCCCGGAAGAAUGGAUGUCUGAUGUGGCUGUAUCUCAGCUACUGGAAGCUGCAGCUCAGUCUUCAAUCACACAAGAAAGCUGAGGCUGCUGUACUCAACACACAGACAAAAAAGUAAGAGAGCAGAAAUGAAUCUAUAUCACUAAAAUGAUGUUUUAAAAGAUUGUCAAUAAAGUUAAUUAGAUUCAAUUUUGUGUUAUAUUGGUUACUU